AAGAGCUUCUAGAUAGACAGCACAGAAAGCCGGUGUAUUUUUUAAUUGGAUUUUUUUUUGCAAGAAAGAAAGCUUUAUGGCCGCUGGAGGGAUGAAACUGUUGAGUUUAUGCUGUCUGUUCUUAUGUUUAAUCGCGACAGUGCUCGCCGGGAGAGAUUUCUACAAGAUCCUCGGAGUCAGUAAAUCAGCAACUAUCAAAGAGAUCAAAAAAGCCUACAGAAAGCUGGCCCUGCAGCUCCAUCCUGACCGAAACCCAGACGACCCCAAAGCGCAGGACAAAUUUGCAGAUCUUGGAGCAGCUUACGAGGUGCUGUCAGAUGAGGAGAAGAGGAAACAGUAUGAUGCUUAUGGAGAGGAAGGACUGAAAGAAGGCCAUAGCUCACACGGUGAUAUAUUUUCAAGUUUCUUUGGAGACUUUGGGUUUAUGUUCGGUGGAAACAGACAACAACAAGACCGAAACAUUCCAAGAGGAAAUGACAUUGUGCUAGAUCUUGAGGUUACACUGGAGGAGGUUUAUUCUGGAAAUUUUGUAGAGGUGGUUCGAAACAAACCUGUUGCAAAAGAGGCUCCAGGUAAAAGGAAAUGCAACUGUCGCCAGGAGAUGAGAACCACACAGCUUGGGCCAGGCCGCUUCCAAAUGACUCAGGAAGUAGUCUGUGACGAAUGCCCCAAUAUUAGGCUUGUGAAUGAAGAGAGGACACUAGAGGUGGAGAUCGAGCAGGGAGUCAGGGAUGAGAUGGAGUACCCCUUUAUUGGUGAAGGUGAACCCCAUAUUGAUGGAGAGCCUGGAGAUCUUCGCUUCCGUAUCAAAGUCUUGAAGCACCCAGUGUUCGAGCGCAGAGGUGAUGACCUGUACACAAAUGUCACCAUCACUCUAGUAGAGGCUCUGGUUGGCUUUGAAAUGUAUAUCCCACAUUUGGAUGGCCACAAGGUUCAUAUUGUUCGAGAUAAAAUUACCAAACCUGGAGCUCGAAUCUGGAAGAAGGGUGAAGGACUUCCCAACUUUGACAACAACAAUAUCCGUGGAUCGCUUAUAAUAACCUUUGAUGUAGACUUCCCCAAGGAGCAGUUUAAUGAAGAGGAGAAAGCUGAUAUAAAGAAGCUGUUGAAGCAGACACCAUCUCAAAAGGUUUACAAUGGUUUACAGGGAUACUGACGCACCAGCCAACAAAACCAGGACUGAUUGCCUUGUCAAGUCCCAUACACCAUAUAAAAACACACAAAAAAGAGCAAGCAUGGAGGGUUUAUUUAUUUAUCCGGACUGUACUCAGGAUAGGUUGUCUGUGCGUGUGUGGGGUGGUCCCCCUCCCCUUAAUUUUAUUUUUGAUUUGGGACUUUUUCUAAACCAUGUUCUAGAAGUAAGGUAAUGGAAAGCAGCAGAAACAGUUUAUUAACUUUUUUUUUUUCUUGUUUAAGGCUCUUGUGAUAACAGAAACAGUUUCAUUGUAUUGCAACUUUAACUGUUUUUCCAUCUUGGCCAACCACUACCCAGUCAUGAAUCAGCACUGUACAGGAACUGAGCGCAAUGAGAGAGACUGAGGCUUUAUAUCAAAGGACACUUUUUUAAAGAAAUACCUGCCUCUGUACUGUAUGUUGUGAAAGCUGAAUAUUUCUCUUCCUAAUUUUUCAAAAAGGAUUUAAAUGAAUAUGGUGUUUAUUUGUAGAUGUUUACCUGUGUACUUCCUUCUUGGAGUAUUUUCUGGUGUUUUUUUUUUUUUUGGGGGGGGGGGGUAUAUUUGUUAAUUAUAAGAUACAUUUCAUUGAUCCUUUUCAAUUUUUAACAUGUCAGACAUCACCUCCAUGACUUUGCCUACGAUUAAAAUUUUGCAUCUGCCCCUGUUAAGUCCCAUGCUGGUGUGUUUCCACCAAGGGACUGCUGCACCAAAAUUGCCCAGAUGCCCAAUAGGAGGAAAGUUUAUAAUGAUCACUAGAAGACCUCAAUUAAAGGUUUAUAAUGAUGUUUCAA